CCAUCCCAUACCCUUCCGCCCACCUUUCAACACACAACCAACCCAACAACCACAACCACAACAACACUCAACACAUACACACACAUAGAGAGAGAGCUCAUCCUCCUCUCCCCCCAGCUCUUCAACACCUACUUCCGGAGUCUCAACACUCCAGGGCCCUUCUCGGAAACGCUCUACCCACGCCUUCCGACUCACAGAUUGCGCCCUCAACCACAUACAUACCUCCCCCUCCCGAGUCUAGCUUGCGCUCCACAACAUCCACCUGCCCCCCCCUACAUCGCCUACCGCGGGAACGCACUCUAUCUGCACUUUCUGCAUAGCGCAUUAUCCACCGCCUACUUAGUCCCGGCACACAAAAACCCCUCACGGCCCCCUUCUUCCAAUAUUCGAACGCCAAUUCAACAUAUACCUGCUCACCAUUGAGCAACGACAUCAUCAUGGCCGACCCCAGUAGUAGUAGUAAGGAGCUGUCGCCCGAGGGGGCACAGCUCAGAGAAAGACCAUCUGUGAAACCAUUGCAUCUCUAUAACUCGGACGAUGCAAAACAACGCGUCCUACAGCUGAACGAGGAAGAGGAUAAGGAACAUGGUGCUGGUGCAGAAAAGCGAACAUACGGAAGAACACCAGAUGGUAUUGUUUUCGUCGUGCCCCAGACUCAUGAUAUGGUCUCGCAGCUUCUUUCCCCAUCGCAACCAAAGAACCUGUCAGAUCUCGCUGUCCUCGCCGUGCUUGCUGGUCUGAUCCUGACUUUAUAUCUACUGCCCAAAAGCGCCCGCAUACCAGUUUUCGCCAUAAUCUUUCUGUUUUGGCGUACCGCUUACAAUGCAGGAAUCGGUUGGCUACUAGAUGCUCAGUCAAAACAUAAUCGACUUGUUCUGUGGGCAAAGAACUCGCAUAUCUUUGAGAAGCCGGAGUCGGGCAAGAACCCGCACCCUGCACUGUACAAGCUGCUGAAGCGCGAGCUGGAGACUAAGAUCCCUCGUGAUUACAAGUUUGAAGAGGCACCUCUGGAGUACAACACCUGGUUAGUCUUCAGGCGCGUUGUAGAUCUCAUUCUGAUGUGCGAUUUUGUCUCGUACUGCCUCUUCGCGAUCGCCUGUGGGAACAAACCCGUCGAAAGCUGGCUGCUCUGGGCUGCGCGAUGGACGACCGGUAUUGUACUCUUCUUGUUCAAUUUGUGGGUAAAGCUCGACGCCCACCGAGUGGUCAAGGACUAUGCAUGGUACUGGGGAGACUUUUUCUACCUCAUUGAUCAGCGGCUUACCUUCGAUGGUGUUUUUGAAAUGGCACCUCACCCUAUGUAUUCAGUGGGAUAUGCCGGUUACUAUGGCAUUUCCAUGAUGGCUGCGAGCUACAAAGUCCUAGCUAUUUCCAUCAUCGCCCACGCUGCACAAUUUGCUUUCUUAACCCUUGUUGAGAACCCGCAUAUCGAUAAGACAUACAAUCAACCAGCUCCCCGAAAGCGCCUGAGCUCCCAACCAACCACCUCGUUGGACGAACGUCCCCUCUCAAGCCACUCCGAUCCUGCAGGCGGAGAUGGCCGUCCUACAUACGAGACGAUCGACCACCCUGCAGAUGUUCACAAUCUGCUCGGAUUAAGGAAUAUUGAUGUCCAUCGCUCCAUCGAUGUCACCGUUUUGCUAUUCCCAUUCUACAUGUUUUGUCUCGCGACCAUGACCCCUAAUAUAUGGCCUGUCCGAGCCUUCUUCGUCUUUAAUGCUUUCGUCUGGCGCCUUUGGUUUUCAUUUGGCAUCGGUUACAUCCUUGACCGUCAGUCGAAGAAGAAGAACUGGACUAGGCAUUUUAUCAAAUACGGCGAUAGCAAGGAGGAGGCAUGGCGCCAAUGGAAGGGUCUCUACUAUCUCAGUACCACCAUGUGUCACGUCAGCUUUCUAUGCGCGGCGUGGAAGAUGUACGCCCUUCCCCCUGAUUGGUCCUACGGACUCACCCUGCUGCGACAUGUGGUAGGCGUCGCUUUGAUUGCAUUACACGCAUGGGUGUCUAUCAGUAUCCAUGAAUCCCUGGGAGAGUUCGGUUCCUUCUUUGGCGAUUUCUUCUACGACCCGUCCCCUAAGAGCUUGACCUACUCUGGCAUCUACCGGUUCCUGAAUAACCCAGAGCGCGUGCUCGGCCUUGCGGGCUUCUGGGGUGUGGCUUUGAUCACCUGGAGCACAUCGAUCUUUUACCUGGCCGCCGUUACACACAUUUUCAACAUGCUCUUCCUGCAAUUCGUCGAACGACCUCACAUGCAGAAGCUCUAUGGCCAGAACCUCCGCAAGGAAGCCGGUCUCAGCAAGACACUCAGACAGUCGCUACCAAGCCCUAUUCGCAAUUGGCAGACCGCCGCUGACAGUGUACUCAACUCUACUGCCGAGUUCAUCGAGGACUUGCUCGAGUCCGCAAAGCCGAAGCUUGCUGCAGGUAUGGACAGUUUCGUUAGAGACACUACGGCAUUGUUCAAAUCGUAUCCCGCACGCAUCUCCAUCACCAGGAUCUCCCCGGAGAUUGCUGGAAUCGAUCCCAAGAACUACAGUGUUGAGGUCGAAGGUACUCUGUCUUCUCCUUCUGUCGAACUCCAGAAGAAUGGCGGCAGAGAGGGUGAGAUGGCUAGAACCCCAGCAGCUCGCACAAACGAAUACAAGACCAUGAUCCUGGAAUAUGGCGCCCCUAUCAAGGUACGCUGGCGGGCUCCUGUCAACCACAGCAAGAAGGACUGGAUUGGUCUGUACAUGGUGGCCGACAACCCAUCUCGAGAUGUCACUACGAUUGGUUCCAACGGUCGAUGGAUUUCAACGAACCCUGGUGUCUUCGACUCGGUUCGGGCCGAAGAAGGUAUCCUCGUCUCUGACAAGCUAUUACCGGCAAGCGAGAGCCAAGACGGCGAGACCGAUCUCUUCACUGGUGAGAUGGAGUUCCGUGGCGACAAGCUCUGGUGGACCACUGGUGUCUUCGAGUUCCGAUACCACCAUGACGGCAAACACAACGUUCUCGCCCUCUCACAGGCGUUCGAAAUCCGCAUCCCCAAGUUCGACGAAGAUGAUGUCGAACUGGAUAUCAACGGAACCAUCCACCGACCCAUACAGGAAGAGCUGUUGCCCGUCAUCCAAAACUGCUUCGACAGAGACCCCGAGAUUGCACCCAGCACAGCUGACGAGUCUUUUGGAUCACAAGUCGAGCGUGAUGGGAAGUACUCUAAGAGAGUUGUCUUCGCGGUGCAUCAGAUGUUCGGAAUCGAAUUCGCACCCGAAGUCGUGCAAGCCGACGGCAACGUUAGAAACCUAGCCUGGCGUAUCUGCAAUGCUAAGAAGGUCCUCGCACCCUACAGCAUGUCCUCCACGAAAGGUAGGAAUACGCCAACGCAUGGUUAGUCGGAUUCGCAGGCUUGACGUCCGGCGCAAAGGUGGUGUAGUAGUUCACUCCGAGGGCCGAUCUGGCCGCCAGCCUUCCUUCCACCUCACCAGCAAUGGCUGCACACAGUCCUAGGCCUAUGCUAUUUGUAAAGGCCUUAAGUGUGUCACCAAGAGUUUGAAUCCGCCCUCUACAGUGUAUCUGUAGAGGAGGGAUUGAGAAUCUUAUGUUUUGUAGAUGAUGAAACCUUUUGCAUUCCCUCCCGUCAUUCUCUCCCCGUUCUCCAAAGUGAGCGCGUGAGUGACGGGGUUGUUGUACUUUUGUUAAGUUUAUUCCCUCCCCUUUUCCAUUUGGCAUAGCCUGCGUGCCUGCGUAUAUGAAAGAAGGGUGGAUGUAGUGAGAUAGAAAAUACGAUUGUUUGAGAU